AUGAUGAUGGGCGACGAUUUAGACGAGGCUUCGAGACGCUUGAGUUUUGUCUUUUUCGCACUGAACAGUAUGAUUUUCAAUGGCAAGGUACCAUAAAUUCGACUGAAAGAGAAAUUAAGUUCUAAUCUGCUAUGGGGAACGAUGCCGAGGAGUUCCUUUCAGGUUCGCUUUGAAUCUGCAAAUUUUGCUUUCAGGUCUUUUAUGCAGAGCAGAGAUUGAGGAUAUUUUUCCAGUCAAACGACAAUUGUUGAGGCAUAAUCGCUGUAAGAAGAGGAAAUUUGUGUGUGAAUAAACGAAAGGAACAAAAAUUUUGUUUGAGCAGAGUCAAUACCUAAGUAUAUUUCACAUAUCUGGUCUGCUAGCAGCGCUCUUUGAGGCGGAGGAUCAGAUCCUGAUGAAUUCAAGUAUUCUCUUUCUUCUCGUUCUGUAUUGAGGCUUUAUAAAGAGAACAAUCUGAUAUUGUGUUAAGUUUUAGAAAACUAUUUUCUUAUUUUGGUUCUGAACUUGUUUUGACUUUCAUUUAAAAGGCCAGCAGGAUUCGAGUCGGACGUUUUGCGGUCGCUGAGAUUCGGUCAGCGACCCUGAGAUGCCGCAGCAUGCAGCUGAAGUUCGAUGCGAAUCGAAGACUGACGAGCCUGGACGGAGGUCACUGCGAUAGUCGGCUCUUUGACCAGUACAGACAGGCCGCGAGGGCUCUGGACCCAGUGCGGCAAAGGAAAUCGUCGAAAAUCUGCUGUGAGCCAUCAAAAAUUAUUUCAGCAGAGUGGUCAAAGUAAUAUAAUUGUCUCAAAUUGAAAGGUCUAAGAUAAAAGGAGACGCCGAAAUGAAAGAGUUGAAUUCAGCGUCAAACAUAAGAUCAAAGUGAGGGUUUGUCUGUUUAGAGGGGUAAGGCCACGCUUCUUUGCGUCCCAAAGCUGAGACUUGAAUUGGCUGUAUCCGUUUCCAGAUAACUGAGAUAGCCAAUCUGUAUGAACCAAAGCUUUGGAACUUAACUAUUCAGAUUGUUUAAGUAUUCGACUACGAAAUUAAACUAAAAAUCAGUAAAAAAAAAAAGUGUUACUCGGUAUUAAAAUUAAAGAAAAAAUUACUGAAAUGAAAUGUAGAGCAAAAUCGUUGAAUAUUAUUCACCGGAGCGUUCGUAAAUAUGGUCCAGCCGGAACUUCGAGAGAAGAUUCGACAGAAGCGUUUAUUGUUUCAUGCUGAGUCGCCUAGGUUUUCAAAGGAAGACGGCUUCGAAAGAUGCUUUUCAUGUUUCAGACACGUCUUUUUACAUUAACUUCGACUAUCUGUUCAUUUAUAAUCUGGUCUUUUCAGGAGAGGUUACCCAUUUGAUUGCGAUUUGAAGGAUUGCGAGAACGAGUAUAAUGGACGACUUAUCAAAGGUAAAGCCGAACAAAAAGAAAAUGACGUUCUUUAUCCAUGAAACAUCAUUGGUUGUUCAACUGUCUUUUCUAGGUUAUCACUCUCCCUAAAAGUAACUUAAGUUUGUCGGCGACUGGUUCGGGAACUACGAACGUCUGCCAGGCACCGCUCGCCUCUUCACAGAGCCUUGCGGUUGCUGUCCAGAACUUUCUCGAGGCUUUGGGCUUUAUUUUCAUGCUCAGGUAUGCCCUCGACUGUCGGCCGAAAGAUCCAGAUUUAUCGGUUCAUCAACGUGUCAAUGCUGAGCGUCUGCAAUGUCCCGUGAGAUUUUUAGGUGUCUGAAUAAUGAGUUUUUGAUUGCGCCCUAAUUUUAGAGCACUUGGAACCUCCUAAUACGGCUUUUCGGUUUCGCAACGAUAUCAGACUUUGAGUCUUUGACGCAAGCGCAAAUGCAAAAAGGAUAAAAGGCGAUUUUUAAAAGAGUCCAUUUUGCGGCUUGCCUCUCUCAAUUUUCCACGUAUCUUUAACCUAAUAAUCAAAGUUUCCAGCUCGUUCAAAGACUUGCUCGGGCUGGGCUCUACGAGUUCAAGACUAGCAAGCCGUUCUCUACAACGGUGUUGUCUUUUGACCGAGGUGAUUUCUUAUCUAUAUAUUUUUCAAACAGUUGGAGUUGAUCUUGACGAAAAUUAAUUAUUUUUCGAGAAUAUGCGCUUUCGUGUUUGAGUGAUCGAGCAAACAACAAUUGCUUCAAAACGCAAAUUUGUUUAAAAAGUUAAUAAAUUCUAAGUUUUAUAAUUUUUGAAAAAUUAUGAGAAUAUAGGAUAUCGAUUUCCUACAGUGUUUUGUGAGAUAAAUGACUUUUACUUCAGAAUUAAAAUUAGCUGAGUCAAACUAGAAAAAUUUCUUUCGGAAAAAUCUUUCAAUCACGAAUUUCACCGUGAAAGAUGAGAAAGCAACGCUAAUCAGCGCUGUUUCCCAGUACAUUUUUCUCUUGCAGUGCGAGACUGCUGACCUUGGCUACGCUUGGCUGCAGCAUGCGCCGCCAAUCAUAUCGUGCUCUACAUGAAAGGCCCAAGUGAUUGUGUCUUAUUUCAGAAACGUUUGCAAUUGAUUACUGCAGGCUCGAACACUUAUACAACUCGUUGCAGUACUCUAACCUUGCCAGCUUCCACUUCGCUGCGAUAUGAGCGAGAAGCGGUAUCAUCUUUGUCAAUGUCAAUGGCAAAUACAUGCACAGGCAAAGUCAGGAAAGAGGGCAAAGAAAUGUUUCCUUAGAGAGUGUUCUUUCGAAAAAUCUCUUAAGGUGGCAGAACUCCUGCACCUGUCUUUCUGUGGCCUUUUUGAGCCUUUCUCUUCUAGCAGUCAUUAUACCAUCUGUUCGACUUUUGCUCGAGAGUAGGACGAUGUCAGAAGAACUGAUCCACAUUCCAGUCAAAGAUAUCACCGUAAAUGCAAUUUCGUGGCUCGUGCCUGUUUCCAGAGUUGCACGAGACUCGAUAUCCUCUCUAUUUUCUGGUCUCGAACAUUUUUGAGAAUUUUUGAAUAAUAGGAGCAAAAGACUGGAGGUUUGGCGUAAAAUGCCAGUUGUCCCAUUGCGCAGACGCAGAAAGUGAAAUCGAAAUUCGACGGAUGAACUAUGAGUCAAAAAUGUCGAAAAACAGUCGAAAACAAGUCUGAAGUUUGAAGUUUCGCUUUUUAGAACUAAUGGUGUUGAGUUUCAAAAUUUUAUCUCUCUUGUUUUAAUCCUAUAUACUCAACUGAUUUUACGAAAAUGUUUCCUAUGUUGAUAGUUUCAAGGUAUUUCGCACAGUCGAUCUCGUUUCGGUCGCAAAAGACACUUCUCGUGCUGCGAGUCGUUUAACCCUGGUCUCUUUAAAGGCGGAGUGGUCUUAUUACGACAGUUUUAUAAGUUUUGUACGAAUUAUAAACUGAAAGCGGCUGAGCUGUUUUGAUUUGAUGUAAAAUUUGAGACAAAAGUUAUUUUGUGCAGACUUGAGAAAUAGGUUUCAUACGAGUCAAGAACAGGAGUUUAAAAAUGUCCUGGCUUCGAGAGAGACGGGUGCAAAGGAUUGACCGAGUCGCUCAUUCGCACUGUCAAAAUGAACAAGUAGAAGGUAAUCGCAAAAUAAAGUUAAAUAACAACGCUGGAUUCGAGACCAUAGAGAAUUUAGACAACAUAAAAACUUAGAAAUCAUGGAAAGAAGCCAAUAGCGUCGAAGUCAAAUUUUGGUGGUCAGGACCUCGCGAUUUGUGCCAAAUGAGAUAUUUUACUGCCGCUUAGUGAACUUUAACUCACUUCAAAGUAAGAUCUUUUAAUUUUGCUAAAAUGUUUAUUUCGGGAAUUCUCAUUUUGCAAUUACACUUUUAACAAACUUACAGAGUUUGGAAGCAGCUGAAUUUGAUUCGGAUCCCACAGCAGUAGCGGAAAUUCAAGCCAAUUACUAUCAUUCCUCUAUUGGUAAACUGAUAUUUUAGGAUCAGAAUAGAUCCGAAUUUCAAGCACUUGGUGAAGCGGUUCUCGCGUUUCUUCUAACAAAAGGAGCAGACCAUUGAAGCUUGAUGAUGUUCGUGCCGCAGUCUCUCCAUUGACGACGCUAUAAUGCGAGGGAGACGGUUGGAGUUGACAAGGAAUCGUUUCCAAAGGUCGUAAUCGGCGAUUCAGCGCAGUGAGAACGUUGGCUACGAAGAGUCGACCUACAGCACUGGUAAAUUUUCCUUCGUCUGGACUCAUGUCAAUCUCCUCCUCGAGGUUAGCUUGUAG